AUAAGUGCACAUCCCGUGACCUAUAUUGUUUUUCAAGAAGUUAACAAACGAGUGUAGAUAAAUAAUCCGUUGGAAAGUUGCCGGUAUACAGGAAUAUUAACUAUUAUUCCUAAUAGUAAUAUAUCUUUAGUAAAUAGCAAUGAUGCGUUUUUGUGUACAGAUAUUUGUGUUUUUCCUGAUCGCGAAUGAGAUCGGUUAUUUAGUGUCGUCAAAAUUAAACGUUCCAAGGGUACUGUUACCGUACUUUGGAACCUUUUCAACAAACUUUACUUUGGAAGUAACUGAAGGAGGUUGUUACAAAUGGUCGUCUUCGCGGAUGGCCAUCGUGCAGGUGACGCCCGUGGACGUGGACCCGGGCCUGGGCUGCUCGGCACGGGCGGUCGUGUCCUCCGUCUCCAAGGACAAGGCCAGAAACACCGCAAUCAUAUUUGCAGAAGAAGUGCACUCGGGCCAGUUGUUGCGCUGUGAUGUCAUCGUAGACGUCAUAUGCUCGCUUUUCAUCAUCACAACAACACGUGAGCUUUACAUGGAAGAAGCACCGGAGAUAUUUGAAGUGCGAGCAUACGAUGAACAAGGAAAUGAAUUUUCAACUUUGGAAGGUGUGGAAUUUCUUUGGACCCUGGCCACCAUUGGUUCCAUGGACGACUUGAAGACUAGUAGCAAAGUGCUGAGAUUUAUCACAUUCAGAGACUCCCCGUACGAAACACCACCUGCUGUUGAGCAGUUUGAACAGAGUGGUCGCCGAGGCAACAUGGUGCUUAUAGAAGGAUCAAAGACAGGCUCUGCUAAGGUGUCUGUAAGGCUGCCACACCAAGAGUACAGUCAUGUGUCACCUAUAGAAGUCCAGUUGAUGGUUGUGGCCAACCUGAUCAUAGAUCCUGCGGAUGUUUACAUCAUGCCUUGUGACACAGUACUCUUCCAGAUUCUGCAGGUGCAGAGUGGGCGGCUGUCGAGGAUCCCACUGCCGUCGCCACAGUACUACCUGGAGGUGCAGGACCCCAGCGUGGCCGCCAUCAGCAACGAGGGCCUGGCAACGGGCCGGCUGGCGGGCAAGAGCAGAGUGCUGCUUCACGACCGCAAUGUGGAGGACAAGGAGAUUGUGAAGAUGCCCUCCGUGUCCAUUACUGUGGUCAAGCCCUACUCCGUGUCCCUGGCAGUGCUGCCACAUCGCAACUGGGCACUCCUUGUCCGGGAGAGCUGCCAGAUCGUGGUCGAGAUCUACGACAGGAAUGAUCACAAACUACACAUUGGCAGCAAGACCCAAGUAGCAGUGGAAAUCCCAGCAGAGUAUUUCCACGUUGAGGAGAGCACAAAGAACAAGACACACAACUCUGGAUGGCCAGUGCAAGUAGGGAGGGCCGUCGUGAAGGCAGAGUUGUUAGGAGUGCACGGCUGUGCCUCGGGUACCUUGCAGAGCAUCUCGGCACAAGCUGAGAUGUUCAUCUUCGACAAGAUUGUGGUUGUGCCCUCGCAAGUGGUACUUCCUUGGGACCCGCUUCUGAAGCCACGGUACGAGGUGAAACUGAGUGUCACGGGUGGCGAUGGUGACUUCUUGUGGAGCAGCAGCAAUGUCGGGGUGGCAGCAGUCACCCAGUCCGGAGUGAUCAACACCCAGUCCUUGGGUGUGGCCAGCAUCAUUGCCUCAAUGACCCGCAACCAGCACAACAGGGGAGUGGCUCGAGUGUGGAUCGUACCACCCACCGAUCUCAAGAUAGUCAGCUACAUCAUGGAAGCUGAACUGGGAACUCCCGUCUACCUUCACGUGGCAUUGUUUGUGGAGAAGCGAUUUGACGAUGAGCGUAAACUUGAGAAGGAUGCCGUCAGGAUGUCGUUCACUCGGUGCGGUGUCGUACCUUUCGAGGUGGUCACUUCGAACGGUAAUUUCGCAUACAACCCGGACUUGAAGAUCACGCCGCUGAACGAGGCUUGUACGACUCUUGCCAUAGUGGGGACUGUGUUGGGCGUGUCUCGAGUAACCAUCUCCUAUGUGUUGGAAGAUGGUCGCAGGCUCUCCGACACGGUUGCCAUUGCCACGUACCUUCCCUUGAAAGCCGUGCACCCACGAUCUGGCGAGACAGUGCUGGCAGUUGGUUCUUCCAGGAUGAUUGCGUUUGCUGGUGGGCCGCAGCCGUGGCUUGAUGCCAAGGCCAAACACACCAAGAAGUUAUCUCUGAGCGGAGGCACGGCGCAAGAGCUGAGAGUGAACGAAUUAGAUGAUGUGCAAACAGACAAGGGAAACUUGUAUGUGUACAAAGUGGUUUGCCUGACCCUUGGAAGUUUUGAUGUUACACUCCAUGUGUCAAACAUUUUAGAGGUUGAAAACUCAAAGCCAUCAAGUUCACGAGCUUUUUUGAAAGUGUAUUGUGCCAAACCCCGUCACAAUGUGCUCUAUGUUAAACUGGAUCCUCAUGAUGCUGACCGUUGUCCGUUGAAAGCCAACUCCGAUAAAGUAGUUGUGCAUAAUUACAAAGAGUUUGAAAUUGAUGUGGUAGUGCAGGAUGCUAAAGGUCGAAAAUUCGACAAUGUGUCUAGUUUACAUUUUGAUUGGAUAGUUUCUAAUAUCUCCUUGGGUAGGAUUUUAAAGGAAGAUGGUUUGUAUGUACAGGACGAAUUUGAUGGUGAUAUUCUCAUUCCAGGCAACAGUUAUCAGAUCCUGGCUCCAUCACGCCAACCCGGUGUUAUCGAAGUGUCGUCGAUAGUGUCUGGGUAUCGCAAAUCUACGAUACUGAAUGCAGAUUAUAAAAUUGAAAAGCCUCCAUUUGGUACGCCAGAUGCCAAUGGCUAUCUUCACACUCCAGAAAUCAAAGGAACGAUCACAGUCAUUCUAGUUGACAAUAUUUCCGUGGUCCCUACUCGAACAACUAUUUUCAACCAUCCUGGCAAUAAGGUGAAGUUACUGGUGAUCCAUGGUUCAGGAUUUUUCAAUAUCACAGUUAACACUCCUGAGGUGGCCAGUUUGCAGUAUGUUCAAGGCUCAAGGGUAAUUGAGGUUACGCCCGAGAAUGAUGGUCUUCUCAAGUUGGCGAUCAUUGACUUGUGCCUUAAGUCAAAUGCUGCCCUGGCUGAGAUUACGGUUCUUGGUUUAGGUACAAUCGAAGUGAACGUUUUGGAUAAAGUUGAGCGCGGUAGCUUUGUGAGGGCCAUCGUUCGCCUCUUUGAUUCCGUGGGUAAUGCCCUUGCCAUUCCCGAAGAGUCUUUGUUGGAACUUCGUGCUUUACCAGGGGCACCCAUCAUUUCUGUUGAACGUGAGGUGAAGUGUGAUGACUGUGCUGCACACGAGAUGAGUUUCAUUGUUACUGGAGUAGAAUUGGGUGACACAAUCUUGGUUUUCACCUCCCAGCAAGGAAAGCAUGCAAUACGUAGCCGGUCCGUACCCAUUCAGGUGUUCCCGCCUUUGAAACUGUUUCCUCGCAACUUGACGCUGAUCAUGCGGUCGUCAUUUCAGGUCACAAGUCGCGGUGGUCCUCAACCAGACUGUGAUGUUGAAUAUUCGGUUGGUACUCAUGACAUUGCUUCUGUGAGUACGUGCGGCAUUGUUAAAGGUGUGGCAUUCGGUAAGACAGUUGUUACUGGUCGAGCAGUGGGUAUGAAUACCAUGAACGGACAAAUAAUAGUUUAUUCAGAAGACAGCAUUGAUGUAUUUGUAGUGCCACUGAAAGGAACUAAAAUUUUCUCUCCUCUGCGCAGACUUAAAGUUGGAUGUUCUAUGCCGGUUUAUGCUACAGGACUACCGGACAUCUCUCCUCUUAUUUUGGGUUCUGUAAGUCCACCCAUUUAUUACAAAUGGGGGGUUCACCCAAAAGAUGUAGCAGUACUGGAAAAUGUCUUUGAAAGUCUUCAUGUUAAAUAUCAAGAUGAAGACAAAAUUUAUCUACACUUGAAAGUGCUAAAGGUUGGACGGGUAACACUGUCCCUGAAUGCUUCGGUGCCAUCGGCCAUAGUUCACGGCACUCGUAUCCCGACCGAACCUCUGGUCAUAUUCCAUGAUUCUGUGGAUGUCCACGUGUUUAGCGACCUCAAACUCCUGAUGCCUGCAAGCGUGGCUGUCGGCAACCCAUACAGAGUUCUCAUGGCUCCAGAUACACAGAUCCAGCUGAAGACCAAUCGUGACGGAGCUGCAGACAUGUUUUAUAACGUCCAGCACCAAGUGUCGCAUUUUCAGGAUGCCUCGACAGCCCUCGAGAAUACGACGAGGCCAUCUGCUUCUUUUCAUGUUGUGUUGGUGGACAAGAAUGGUCUGGUGAAGGCAAAUGGCUGGUUGGGCCACUCCUUCAUCAUGGUGACAGCACUUGAGGACUCCAAUGUUAAACAGAGUUUCACCAUUGCUGCAGUUGUGGAGCAAGUGUCGUACAUGAUGGUGAACGUGCGUGCCAACUUCAUCAUGCACCGCGAGCAGGAAGCGAUAUCCGCGCUGCCCAAAGGUGUGGAUGUGGAGGUGUACGUGACGUACCACGACAACGUGGGCAACAGGUUCACGUCGGUGCGCUCCGACCUGAAGGUGCGCGGCAACAGGUUCGACAUCAGCGACGCGCGCCGCGGCAGUGACAACCGCACUCUGGUGGUGCAGCUGCUGCAGCCGGGCAAGUCCGUGCUGAAGCUGUGGGACUCGCGCGUGGUGGACUUCCUGCCUCUGCGCGUCGCCGAGGCCAUCUACCCUGCGCUGACACACCUGACAAUUGGAGACGUGGUGUGUUUCUCGUCGGCGAUGAUGAGGCCCGACGGCAAGCCAGGCCUGUGGAACACAUCCGACAUGAAGAUGCUCAAGCUGGAUCCGUUUGUGGGCAUAGGCAAGGCCAAACUGGCAGGCUCCGUCACUGUGCACUACAGGCUGGCUGAUGAUUUUGAUGCCAGCACUUUAGAAAUUGAAAUCGUGCCUGUUGACUCUAUAAAGUUCCUGCCAAUGCCGGGGAUGGGGGCCUUGAGCAAUUCGAGGCCAGACAUGGUGUACAGCAUCCCGCUGCUGCUCUCCAGCAAGAGGGACAUGAACAAAGCUAACAACAUAGUCGCCAGAAACAACACUUGCCAUUCCGUCAUGGCGAUGACCACUUAUCCUUUCAUGUGCGAGCUCAAGUUUGACAGUCCCGUCAAGAACUUGGACGUCAUGAACAUAUUUGCAGUCCAUCAAGCUUUCGACAGUGAUACAGGAACGUACCAGUGCCGGAUAAUCCCAUCGGGCUUGUUGUCCUACAACGUGAGUGUGCUGAACACCAACUUCAGCCUGUUUGUGAUGAGGAAUGGCGUGAAGUCGCCUCCGCUGCACAUUCCCUUCGUGCCGGCCGUUUUCCUGCACACGACGGAGCUACAGCUCAGCGAUCUGCAGGUGGUGGACCUGGUGACGAUAUCCGGCCGGAGGGAUGUCCUCUCCCAAGUGCAGGUGUUGCCUGGGAAUGACUUGUUGCUGAGUGUGGAUGCUGCAGAGUUUGAGAGCGACACACGUGUUUCGUUCAGAGUGUACUUGAAGCCGUAUUACUGGCAGCUGGGCGAGCUCAGCACUCACUUGUCCGUGUUUGUGGUGUCUGAUAUCUCUUAUCAGAAUGUUGAGGUUCCGGUGAAAGUUCGUCUCUCAGGGAGCCCUUUCGGAGGUUCAACUUGUGUUGUGCCGCGGUUUGUCUCAUGGAUGGAACUUGUAUAUUUCUGGAAGGAUUAUUUAAAAUACUUCGUGGCCAUUGUUUCUAUUGUUAUAGGGGUCUGGUAUGUAUUUUCAAAACUGCAUCCAAUUGGGGUAGGAGCUGUCCAUAAUGUGUCGGGCCAGAGCAACUAUGCAGACACUCCGCAGGCGCUCAUGGCACAGUCACUCCUGCGCUCCAGAGCAGGUGUCGACACCAGUGCCUCUCAGUACGGGACAGUGACACCCACAACGCUCCAUCGCAGCAGGCGGUUCUUGUGACUAGCGCACUGCAGUGCAGUGACGUUAUAGAGCAGGUGUCGACACCAGUGCCUCUCAGUACGGGACAGUGACACCCACAACGCUCCAUCGCAGCAGGCGGUUCUUGUGACUAGCGCACUGCAGUGCAGUGACGUUAUAGAGCAGGUGUCAACACCAGUGCCUCUCAGUACGGGACAGCGACACCCACAACGCUCCAUCGCAGCAGGCGGUUCUUGUGACUAGCGCACUGCGGUGCAGUGACGUUAUAGAGCAGGUGUCAACACCAGUGCCUCUCAGUACGGGACAGCAACACCCACAAUGCUCCAUCGCAGCAGGCGGUUCUUGUGACUAGCGCACUGCGGUGCAGUGACGUUAUAGAGCAGGUGUCGACACCAGUGCCUCUCAGUACGGGACAGCGACACCCACAACGCUCCAUCGCAGCAGGCGGUUCUUGUGACUAGCGCACUGUGCUGCAGUGACGUUAUAGAGCAGGUGUCAACACCAGUGCCUCUCAGUGCGGGACAGCGACACCCACAACGCUCCAUCGCAGCAGGCGGUUCUUGUGACUAGCGCACUGUGCUGCAGUGACGUUAUAGAGCAGGUGUCGACACCAGUGCCUCUCAGUGCGGGACAGCGACACCCACAACGCUCCAUCGCAGCAGGCGGUUCUUGUGACUAGCGCACUGCAGUGCAGUGACGUUAUAGAGCAAGUGUCGACACCAGUGCCUCUCAGUACGGGACAGUGACACCCACAACGCUCCAUCGCAGCAGGCGGUUCUUGUGACUAGCGCACUGCGGUGCAGUGACGUUAUAGAGCAGGUGUCGACACCAGUGCCUCUCAGUACGGGACAGCGACACCCACAACGCUCCAUCGCAGCAGGCGGUUCUUGUGACUAGCGCACUGCGGUGCAGUGACGUUAUUGGUGGUGCAGUGAUGUUAUUGGUGUUGCAUGAUUGUUAGCACAGACUUACCUAAAUUUGUUGUCAGUGCUGUUUUUAGCUAAGGAAAGGACAAAUUCUAGUCAAUAACAUUGGGUUGUGACAUGAUGAACCGCACAUUUUUUGAAAAACUUUUUGUUCUCAUUUGGUUUCGAGUUGUUAAAAGUAAUUUAUUUAUGUUAUAACAAAUAGCUAUUGCAGCUGUAUGUCCAAAAAAAUUUUAUUGUACCAUAUGUGUCAAAAUAUUCCUCUUGUGUAGGAUAAUUUGUUGUAGGAUAAUUUUCAUAAAAAUAGAAAACAAGCGAAUUUUUCGUAUCUUUAUUGACAUUUUGUAUUAAACCUGCAAUUAAUAAAAGUUUGUACCAAUUAAUGUAAAAGUAUUUUUUAUUAGUACUUACAUUAAAAAAAAGUUUUUGUAUCCAAGUUUAUAAAUUCUGUAGUCAACUUAAGUAGGUAAUGUGUUUAUCUUUUAUUAUGUAGUGUGUAUAGAGACACAUCUAGUAAUUGCUUGUAAUGGUAAGCUUAUUCCAAUUUUAAUGUUUCAUGAUUUUUGGUAGGAAAUUUUGAUGUAGUGUUUGGAAUCAGUCAAAGUUUUUGUUAAACAAAGAAAUGUGGUUUUGUAUGUAAAUAUAUUUAACCUGUAAUUGGUCACAUGUUGUACAAUUUUUUAGGCAAAUGGGUGAUCCACAUGUUGCACAUUUUUUUAAAUUUUUGUUUCAAAAAACAAAUUAAUAAAUCUCAUUUUCAGGAAGUAUGUUCCAGAAUCACUGCCAAAAAAAACUGCAUCUGCAGUGUCACUUCAGGGAUAAUAUUCACAUCCCUCCUUUUUGGUUUCACAAACGCAACUGGUCACAACGAUGAGAAAAGUUCUCACAUACUAUGCCCACCGUUAAACAGAGAACUUUUUCAAGCUCAGGAUGUUGGCCCAUGAAAGUUGAAAACUCAGAGUGGAGGUAAAGGCUGCUUUGACUUGUCUUCAAAAAUAAAACAAUAUUUUUUUAGGUUGAGAGGAAUGCUCAUAAAGUGACCAAUGAU